GAACUCCUCGUACGCCGCACCACAGAGCCAGAGCCACGGUCUGCCGCGGUCCAAACCGAGCUCCUUCAGUUCGUCGUCUUCCAUCGGCAGCAGCCACUCGUCGCAGAAGCCUCCGCACCCCAUGCGCAAGCCAUCCACCAAGGCUCUGAUCCUGCAGCAGAAGCAGCAGGAGGAUCAGCAGCGAGCGACGCUGGCCAGAGCUGACACAGCGGACGACGCGCUGCUGAGUCGGGCGACGUCAGAGACCGCACCGCAGUUGACAGCGGAAGAGGCAGCAGCGGCGCUUCGAGAUCGCUCCAACUCGCUGGCGGUCAUGGAGUCUAUGCGCUCACAUCUGCCAGGUAAUGGUCAUACUAUGAGCGUGAAGGCUACAACCAAGCUCAAGAAGGAGAUGGCCAAUGCAGCCCAAGUAGUCGAGACGUUCCUGUCCCCGAAGCUGCUAAAGGACCAGUCAAUUCCGCAUGAGUUAUUGGCGGAAGCCUAUGGCCUGGUGUUUGUGACCAUGUACAAGGUGGGUUUCUUGCUCUCAGGCAAGAUUGGAACAGGUUUUGCCAUCUCUCGUACGACCGGAGGAUGGUCAGCGCCCAGCUUCUUAACUUCGGGAGGUUUUGGCUUUGGUAUGAUGGCGGGCGGUGAAGUUGUCAACUACAUGAUCGUGUUAAACUCCAGGAGCGCCGUCAAGGUCUUCACACGUAAUGGCCAAGUACAGUUGGGGUCUGAACUUGACAUAGCUGUCGGGCCUAUUGGUCGCGCCGCUAGCGCUUCCCUCAAUGUCGGGGCAGGUGGCGUUGCGCCAAACUACUCGUAUAGCCACAGUAAGGGCCUUUACGGGGGCAUUGGACUCAGCGGAGCCGUCAUUUGUACGCGCAAGUCACUGAAUGCGAAAUGUUACGGGCCGAAUGUUACAGCGCGGCAACUUUUGGGCGGAGAAGUGGCGUGUUCACUGGCUGAGCCGCUCUGGAGAGCGCUGGACAAGGCGCUGGGCAUGCAGCGCGAGUACGUGAAUGGAUUUCCGGUGCUGGCACCUACGUACACUGGCUUGGCGUGCGAUGCGUGCGGCCACGUCCACACGACCGAAAGUAGCCGGAAUACCUGCGCGAACUGCGGGAACUUGCUGGUAUACAGCGUCGGCGUCCACUCUGGUCGACGCAACACCAGUCAGCUCAUUGCCUCGACAUCGGCAAACCCGGCAGCGUAAGCAGGACCUGCCACUCUGAACGCCCUAAUUUUUUCGUAUGUGCGCAUCGGGCCAAAUGUUGCAGAGCGCGCACUAUUUUAUACUGACAGAAAGCUGACCGAAUGAAGUGCUUCUUGUCUACUUAGUAGCAAAAAAAAAAAAGUUGAUCAUCCACUUCAACAUGAAAACGUAUUUGAAUGGGAGUUUGAAUAUAUCGAUUUAAAAAGGUUUUAAAAAUAUAUCGAUUUAAAAA